AUGCAGACUGGGCUGGGAGGGUUAUUUGAGGGCAGUGACCUCUGGCUAGGCCCCGCCCCCUCUGGCCUCAGUUUCCCCUUAAAAGAACCAAGCUGGCCAAGGAGGGCCAGGCCCCCCUGUCUGACCUGCCUCUGUCCCCCACAGCCCCCAGCGGCGCCCGGGCCGGGCCGGGCUGGCGGAGGCGGCUUCCGGAAAUACCGAUUCAUUUUAUUUAAGCAUCCGUGGCACCGACAGGGACCCCAGAGCCCAGAGAGGGGCGGCGAGAGGCCCCAGGUCAGUGACUUCUUGUCAGGCCGCUCACCGCUGACCUUGGCUCUUCGAGUGGGUGACCACAUGAUGUUCGUCCAGCUUCAACUUGCGGCCCAGCACGCCCCACUACAGCACCGCCAUGUGCUGGCAGCUGCAACCGCUGCCACCCGUGGGGACCCCAGCAUGACCACUCCUGUGUCCUCUCCCUGCCGGCCAGUGUCCAGUACUGUCCGUGUCCCCCCAGUGCCCACCAGCCCUGCACCUGCAUCCCCCUCACCUGUAACGGCCGGCUCCUUCCGUUCCCACUCAGCCCCCACCACCUGCCCCGAGGUGAGUCUGGGGAAGGGCUUAUCCUUUAAACCCAAGGGUGGGCUGUUUGGAGGGGGUGGGGAAGGGACUCAGAGCCCCUACUGCAUGUUCAAAGGCCAUCGCUGGAUCCUGGGCUGGUGGGUGGUCCGGACCCUGAAACCUCCCAGGAGUCUACUGGAGAUUCAUUCCCUGGAUACUCUUGAUCCGCUCCCUCAAUGGAACUUGUGUCCAGGAGGCCCCGGACUGUGCCUAAUGCUGGGGGGCAUUUGCUGGGGGUCCAGCCUCUCCCCGGGGGUCAUGGUCAUUGCUUCCUUUACAGGGGACCGGCUGCGGCAGACGGAGAACCGAGCCACCCGCUGCAAGGUGGAGCGCCUGCAGCUGCUGCUCCAGCAGAAACGGCUCCGCAGAAAGGCCCGGAGGGAUGCCCGAGGCCCCUACCACUGGCCACCCAGCCGCAAGGCCGGCCGCAGCGACAGCAGCCCCGGAGGCAGUGGUGGCAGCCCCAGUGAGGCUGCGGGCUUGGGCCUUGACUUCGAGGAAUCCGUCUGGAAGCCAGAAGUUAACCCCGACAUCAAGUCAGAGUUCGUGGUGGCCUAGAAACCUUGUCCCUCACCCCUGCCCAGGGUGGCUGAGAGCAUCGCCCAGCUCAGGAGGGCAGGCAGUGGGCACUGCAGGAGGCCCCUCCCUCUUCAGCCAGCGCCCUGGUUUUUUAAAAUUUUCAUUUCUUACCAUGGUUUUCCAAACCCUCCGUGGCCUUGGGUUCCUGCCUCCUCGGUUCAGCCUCACAUCUCCCCACCUCUUCCUCUGUACCCCCACCCUCCCUCCUCAGCCACGCAGGGUCCUUCCCUGCCCACCUUCCCAAGCUCCAAAUAUGUAGCAGUCUGUCCAGAUGGUUCAGAGCAGAAAUGAGGAAGAAGCCCCCCCCCCCCCUUCCGCUGGCUCUGAUGCUCCACCACCCCCACCCACUUCAGGUUUAAGUCUAAAAUGUAGAUGCCUCAUUUGCACUUUACAGACAGGAGGGGGCCACAGAGAAGAGAACCCCCACUGCCAAUUCUGGCCUCCGCCUACCCAGCAGGGCCCCGCAGGGCACCAAACACCUCACAGGACCCACAGCUGCACCAACCAGGGGCUGUCUCUUCCACGUCUGUACUACUUUCUCUUCUUAGUUUCUUUUUCCCGGAAAAGAAAAGCUGUUUCAGGGGAGGCUGGCCAGAACCUGCCUUGGAGUGCGGGUCUGGGUGUAGUCAGUACCCUUUCCUGGCAGAAAAGGGACGGAGGGGAACGGACUUGCCUGCCUUUGCUGGCCACGCACUGUGCGAUGCUCUUCUGAUGCCACUCUCCAACCCCACAUCUUUUUUUUUUUUUUUUUUUUCCUGAGCUCUGGGUAUUUAUAGACUGUUAAUUUUCUGACUGAGCCAAUAGUAGUUGGGAAUCUCUUGAAAAAUCAGGAGAGAAAUUGCUGUGGGGUCGGGGAGAUGCCCCCAGCCCUACUUCUCAGCCCAACCUGAGUGAUCUGGGCCUGUGGACUGUGUCUGGGGGUGACUCUCCUGCAACCUGGAGGGGAGGGGGUGCUGAGCUGUGAAUCUCAUGGUUAGGGGCUACACUGUAGCAUUAACCCCUUGGGAGGGUUGCUGCUGGUCUAAUUUGGAACCUCCCCACUCAUGCCCAUGCCCCAGGGGUCUUUGGCCCCAGAGCAGAGGGACAGGAACCUCCCCUUAAUUGGGGCCAUUUCAAUGUGGGUGGAGUUUAUUUUUCAUUCACUUUUUUUUACUGAUAAAUGGAGAUGUCUGGGCCUUCCCCCCACACACAUACCUGUCUGUCCUGCAGGAUACCCCACCCCCUGCCUGUCUCCCUCCUUUUGUCCUACUUGUAGAUGAACUCCCCCAGGUCCUCACUCCUUCCCCAUUAUGUGUUUCAAGUUAAUGGUUUCAGAUGUGAACAUCAUGUGUUAACUGUAGCUCUGUAAAUUUUUUUUGUGGGGGGGUGGGCGGGGAGGAGGGGUCAGAAAGUUAGGGGUCAGAGAUUUGUUUUGUUUUUCUAAAAGGAGAGAAGAGGGGCAGAUUUGUUUUUGAAAAACUGUCUUGGAUACCUAUUUAAA